GAGGACGUGACCGACCCACUCAAGUCGGGAGUCUCUAGUGUCAGUCUUUAAUGUUCCCAGGGCUGACACUAGCAUAGACAUCCCCGGUGCCCCUCGAGGCUGUCCCCUGCUCUCCUCAUCCCAGCUGUAGGCUGGGUGGAGCCGCCCUCGCGGUUUGGGCGUGUUCCUCCCUCUGCCGGGACCUUGAGUCCUCUUUCAGGGACACAGCGAGUGGACUGCUGACCGGUGCUAGGCGCGCGGCCACCAUGACGGGAAGCAACAUGUCUGAAUGUUUGGCCGAUGCCCUGUGCCAGCGCUGCCAGGCCCGGUUUGCCCCCACGGAGCGCAUCGUCAACAGCAAUGGGGAACUCUACCACGAGCACUGCUUCGUGUGUGCACAGUGCUUCCGGCCAUUUCCGGAGGGGCUCUUCUAUGAGUUUGAGGGCCGGAAGUACUGCGAACAUGACUUCCAAAUGCUGUUUGCCCCGUGCUGCGGAUUCUGUGGUGAGUUUGUCAUUGGCCGUGUGAUCAAGGCCAUGAACGCCAACUGGCAUCCGGGCUGCUUCCGCUGUGAGUUGUGUGACGUGGAGCUGGCCGACCUGGGCUUUGUGAAGAACGCAGGCAGGCACCUCUGCCGGCCUUGCCACAACCGUGAGAAGGCCAAGGGCCUGGGCAAAUUCAUCUGCCAGCGGUGCCACCUGGCCAUUGAUGAACAGCCCCUCAUGUUCAAGAACGAUCCUUACCACGCGGACCACUUCAGCUGCUCCAACUGUGGGAAGGAGUUGACCUCUGACGCCCGAGAGCUGAAGGGUGAACUCUACUGCCUGCCUUGUCACGACAAGAUGGGCAUCCCCAUCUGUGGGGCCUGCCGCCGGCCCAUCGAGGGCCGCGUGGUCAACGCCCUGGGCAAACAGUGGCAUGUGGAGCACUUUGUCUGCGCCAAGUGUGAGAAGCCAUUUCUGGGGCACCGGCACUAUGAGAAGAAAGGCCUAGCGUACUGUGAGACCCACUACAACCAGCUCUUUGGGGAUGUCUGCUACAACUGCAGUCACGUGAUAGAGGGUGAUGUGGUGUCAGCCCUCAGCAAAGCCUGGUGUGUGAACUGCUUCUCCUGCUCCACCUGCUGCAUGAGGCUCACUCUGAAGAACAAGUUUGUGGAGUUCGAUAUGAAGCCUGUGUGUAAGAGGUGCUAUGAAAGGUUCCCCCUGGAGCUGAAGAAGAGGUUGAAGAAGCUGUCCGACCUGACCUCCCGCAAGGCCCAGCCCAAGUCGGUGGACAUCAACUCAGUCUGAAGGUCCUCGGCCUCCUUGCCUGUCUGCAGAACCGUAGCCCCCACCCCGCUGCUCCAAGUCCUGCUGGUCACCUCCCACUUCUGCUCCAUCCUAGUCGACUCUUCCAUAUGCCCUCCUUUCUGUUUGCAGCCCGCCUGGGCUAGGUAGUACUUCUCUUCUGUGCUGAGGCCUGGCCUUUCCUCCUGGGCCCACAGUCUCCAGGGACAGGAACACACUGGGCAGGAUUAUUUACCACUGGGACCCGCAGAUCCCAACCUGAUACCUCUCUCCACUCUCCCAGGAGAGUUUCAGCCCCUGUGUUACCCUUGGGCUUGGCUGGGAAGCUGUCCCAACCCCAGGGCCAGCAGCAUACAGAUAGAGGCUGCAGGGAAGCACCCUUCAGUUCUUCAACCACAGUAAUCCUUGCGCUUACACUGCUUACACCGUGUCAGCAAAACCUCCUCAGGAUGAAGCAGCUAGAGAUCCCCCUUGCCUUCACUGCUCAGGAGACCUCAUGGGAAGCUGCUCAGCUGCCCACCAAGCCUGGGUGGGGGUCCCACUUCCCAGGGACGCAUUGUCCUGGCCAUCACAGACCCACAAGUGGUCACAUACGUGCAUAAUGAAGGCUGAUUCACAUA